AUGUCAGCUAAAUUCGAUCCCGAAUAUCCCGGAACCGCUGUCGAGCGGAUGAUGAAUGCUCGAUCUAGAGUGAAGGAAUUAACAACUGAAGAUUUAAAUGGCGACUGGGACAAUGUCCGAAGACGUAUUCUUUGGGCUGGAGGCCUAAAGGAUCUUCCCGACGCAAUCCCGGGACAGGGAUAUACAGGUCAUUCGUUCAAUGAUUUCAAUCACGUCGAUCUUACUUGCAUGGCUGACGAAACAUCUGACAAUGAAAAUGAUGGAAGUGUGAAGGGAAUUGCUAUUGGUAAUCGGUUGGGAAAUGGUAUUCGUGUCGCAUCUCUCCCUGAGCUUGGACCUGGAGGCUCCUGGAGCACCUGCAUAUUGGGUUGCAACAGAGACCCACCGCAAGACGUCGCUCAUGUUCAAUUCCGAUCAAGAAUAGCAUUCAAACUCGUAUGGGUCCCGAAUGCGUUAUUUGAUACAUUUGUUUUGGUGGACGACGACGGUGAAGAGCUUGCACGCGGGAAGCCUACCGGAUCCCUCCCGAUGCUUCGGGAACGACAAAACAACUAUGCGGUCGUGAAAGGAUCCAAAUAUUCAAAGGUUGUGGAUGCUAUUGCUAAGGCUAGCUCGUAA